CUUCUGGUUACCUUCUGGUUACCUGGCGGGCCGGUACCCGCUCUUUGGCUUCCGGCCCUGGACCCUCCGGCGCUGCAGAGUCCCCCAACCAGGGGGCCUCGGACCCCAGGGCUAAGGAGGACCGAACCAGGGUUGAGCCGGAGUUACCGCGGGGCCUUCCGAUCCCCGCGGCCGUCUGCCAAGUCUGGCCAGGCUAAUGGGACCAGCAAGGAGUCCUUGCACCUUGACGUUCAGGAGCUGAAGAAGAAGAGGGACACGCUGGACAAGGAGAUAUCCCAGUUAAUAUCUGAAGGCUACCGGGUGGAUGAACUGGAGGAGCACAUCUCCCAGCUGCACGAGUACAACGACAUCAAGGACGUGGGGCAGAUGCUGCUGGGCAGGCUGGCUGUGAUCCGAGGCGUCACCACCAAAGAGCUGUACCCAGAGUUCGACCUGGACGUGAGCGACUGAGCUGAGCCGGGGCCUCCUGCUCACAGCCCACGGAGACGGACGCGUGUGGAUCCGAGAGGCCAUGGGAGCCCGGCCAGCGCCCUGCUGGGUUUCGGGGUGGGGUGGGAGGUAGGGAAUGCGGGCGGCCUUCUCUGGGGCGCCCAGACUCAGGAGGAGCCCGAGGAGGGGGGCGGGGAAGAGCAGGGAGCCGAGUUCAGGGUUCCCGAAGGGUCCCACAGCUGCUGUGCUGGGCCGGUGCGUCCUGCCUGUUAAUGAACAUGUGGCCGCCUCGGCUCUCAUCUGCUCAGACUCCCCGUCCUUUGACAGCCCCUGCUCGCACCUGGGAAAGAGACGGCCUUGGGCUGUAGCCGCCUCCCGGCGAGCACUGCGUUAGGCACUCGUAGCCGUUACCAUUCAUGCUUUCGGAGUUGCCCAACCUAGUCUCCAGCUUGCACUCCUCCUGCCUCGGCCUCCCAGAGUGCUGGGAUUCCAGGCGUGCACCGCCGUGCCCAGCCCUCUGACACUUAGAAACACACCACAGACAAGGAAAUGGAGGCUCUGAGAGACGAGUGACUUGCUCAUUGUCACAGGCAGAAGCGGCAGGGCGGGGAUUUGAGCCCAAUUCUGACUGAAGCUGUGCUCUCUCCGCUGGGGAGACCGGUAGGAGCUAGAGUGAGGGAUGAGGACACUGCUGGAAUCUGGUUUAGUCUGGGCUUCUUGGUGUUUGGUUUGGGGGGGUACUGGGGAUCAAACUCAGGACCUUGCAUGGUGCCACUGAGCUAAACCCCCAGCUUG